UAAACAGGAAGUGAAAAGCUGCACGUUUGUUUACAGGAGUUUACCGACAACAAGUGUGAUCCUGUGGUAUUCCCUGAAUUAAAAUCAGUACCAUAUAUCCGGCAGCUUUAAAUAAUGGUUUGAAUAUCUGAGCUGCCAGCAUUUAAAUGAACAGUGAAAGAGGAAGAAGCGGAGGAAGAGGAGGCAGAGGAAGGAGAGGAAACCGUGGGGGAGAGGACAGAGAUGUCCGCCUGUCUAAAUCCAUGUCUUAUGCUCUUCGCCAUGGAGCCAACCAGAUGGGUCUUAAAAUGAGUUCAGAUGGGUUCAUGUUUGUGGAGGAACUCCUGGCUCACCCGCAGUUCAGCUCAUACUCAUUGGAAGACGUCGAAAGAGUCGUGGCCACAAAUGACAAACAGCGCUUUAAACUUCGCCCCCAGCUGGAGGACGGCCGUCUGCAGAUUCGAGCCAGUCAGGGCCAUUCAGUACAAGUAAUGGAUUUGGAGAUGAAACCGGUCCUGGGUGGUUCUCCAGACUGCCCUGUCGAGGCCGUUCAUGGCUCCUACCUCCGCAACUGGAGCUCCAUCCAGCAGCAGGGCCUGAGCCGCAUGAGGAGGACACACAUCCACCUGGCACCAGGCCUGCCAGGGGAGGAAGGCGUCAUCAGCGGCAUGAGGAAAGACUGUGAUCUAGCCGUGUAUAUUGACGUCCCCAAAGCUCUCGCUGACGGUAUAGAGUUCUUCUGGUCAGAUAACGGUGUGUUGCUGACUCCAGGCGAUGCAGAGGGAAAACUUCUCCCUAAAUACUUCAGCCGAGCCUUAAGUCUGAGACCAACAAGGAGCAUCCUACCCCUGCAGUAGCUUCAGAGGAUACUGCACUCAUCAUGGUUGGUUGAUGCUUAUGCUAGUUCCCUUGGUAACACCUGUGUCAUUAUUGAAAGGAUUAGGACGGCUUUAAGGAAGCAUACUUUAUUCUUACAUGCCAAUUCAAUCAAUCUGGCAAAUGUCACUUUAUUUAUAAGUAUAGAUGCUUUGUUUUCUCCAUUGCAUUGUAACUGCUAAAUGAAGUAUGGCACACAUCGACUACCAAGAUAAUUUCUCCAUGCAGUUGUAAAAUAUAUAAGCUUGGUUACAAACAGACUGCAGGCAACAACCAGCUGGGCCUCUAAAUGUCUUUUAGGGACAUUUUUAAAUUUGUGGUUUGUCACGUCGGAAAGCAGAGGAUACAGACACUGUGGUUUUAGUUAACGGACUACUGUAACAGUCAUGUGAGAUAUGGACACACACACACUGCAUGUGAGGGGAGAUAAAUAGUUAAAAGCUUCCUGUGUAGGAAACAACAGAAAUUACCUCCUCAUGUCACAACCAUGAGGAGUGAAGACAACAGGAUGAAAAGUAAAUUGCUGUAUUUAUUUUAAUAAAUGUUUAUUUGGGGAAACAAUU